AUGAUUGUACUAGUGCGUUCAGUGCGCGGUAUGGCGUCGUUCGCGGCGCAAGCGGCUCUGCGGUCUCGCUGGAGUUCUCUCAUAGAGUCUACGAGUGUGGAUGUGCCUGGAGAAGUGACGGACGGCGUCCGUUCUGUCGUCGGAUGGCUGAAACAGGCUUCUCUCGAAGUACGUCAGGUAGGCCGGCGCGCCGUCAGUCAGUUGGCCGGCAGAGGAAUGGGAGACGAAGUCGUCAUUAUACACUUUAAUGAUGUUUAUAACAUCGAACCUACUACUACCACAGAACCAGUGGGAGGUGCACUGAGGUUCAGCACAGCUGUGAAGGCGCUCCAGCAUCUGAACCCUUUAGUACUGUUCAGUGGAGAUGUGUUCUCGCCUAGCAUGUUGAGCACGUUCACAAAAGGCGAACAAAUGGUGCCGGUGCUCAACGAAAUCGGAACGCAUUGUGCCGUGUUUGGGAACCACGACUUUGAUUUUGGCCUAGAAGUCCUCUCAGGCCUAGUAGCCCAAUGCAACUUCCCGUGGCUAAUGUCUAACGUGAUAGACAACGAGACCGGGCGGCCGCUGGGUGACGGCAAGAUCACCCACGCGCUCAUGUGUAACGGACAUAAGAUCGGCUUUAUUGGCCUGGUUGAACAGGAAUGGCUGGAGACGUUAGCAACGAUAAACCCUGAAGAAGUCACGUUCAUAGACUUUGUGCAAGCUGGCACCAAGCUAGCCUCGCAAUUGAAACAAGAAGGUUGUGAAUACGUAAUAGCUUUAACGCACAUGCGGACUCCGAACGACAUUAAGUUGGCAGAAGGUUGCAACGAUAUCGACCUCAUACUGGGAGGCCACGAUCACGUCUAUGAGGUUUUGCAUAUAAACAACAAAUACGUAGUAAAAAGCGGCACGGACUUCCGUCAGUUCAGUAAGAUCAGCAUCAACUUUGCCGACGAGGGGGUGCAGGUCGACAUCACUGAGGUCGGGGUCAACAGCUCCUAUGCCGAAGAUCUGGUGCUUAAGGAGAAAACUGAUAAGUAUUCUUCAAUGAUCGAAGGCAAAAUGGACGAAGUGUUAGGCAAGAUCUGCGUUCCUCUAGAAGGUCGGUUCUCCUGCAUCAGGAGACAGGAGUGCAACCUCGGGAACUGGGUGUGUGAUGUCCUCCUGGCUGCUACUGGCGCAGACCUCGUGGUACUCAACUCUGGCACCUUCAGAUCUGAUCAGGUCCAUGCUGCCGGAGAUUUCACUCUCCGAGACCUAUCCACCAUCAUACCGAUGCGGGACCCGCUAGUGGUGGUAGAAGCGACAGGCGAAGUGAUACUACAAGUGUUGGAGAACGCUGUCAGCAAGUACCCCAGUCUUGAAGGGAGGUUUCCUCAGGUAGCCGGCGUCUCAUUCGCCUUCGACCCCACAAAGCCUGCAGGUCAGAGAGUAGCGGAACAAGUGGUGAAGAUAGGAGACGAGUACCUGCAGCGGCAGCAGGUGUACCGCCUCGCUAUCAAGCAGUACCUCUAUAGUGGGAACGACGGGUUUAAUAUGCUGCCUAAGUGUAAGAUAUUGAUCCCAGAAGACAUGUGCCCCGAGAUCGGCAUGGCGAUCCAGAACCACUUCGCCGCCAUCAACGUCCGCACCGGCCGAGCGCGGCCCAGCAAGCAUCGACAGUCACUCGUUACUCUUAGCAGGAGGCACAGUCUAGUUAAAAUGCUAGACGGCAGUGUAGAGCUGGACGGUCCGCCGCCGCUCCGCCGUGCUUCAUCUGCCGCAGUAGAACCUACCUCGCAUGGACAUCACAGGUUAACCCGUCGAGCAUCGCUGGAUGAUCUUGAACAACAGUCAUGUGAACUAGCGCCUAAACUCGAAAACAGAAUUAUUGUACUCAAUAAACCAGAGGAGCUCCAAGCCUUGAUAGCCGAGCGUACUCGCUGGGAGUCGGACACCGUCAUUCGGGAGGUGGACGACGAAGGAUCCCCCUAAGAACUACCCUCCCUGUACGGCUGUUUCGUGUGGUACAAACACUUCCAGUAGCCACCUGACACUAAAAAGUACCACACGGCUAAAAAGUACCAAACAGGAGAAAGAAAAUUUUCAGUUCACAAAGACAUUAAGGUAGGAAUUUAUUGUGAUUUUACGUGAAAAAUGUACCAGUGUAUUUUUUUAACACCAAGUGGAUUUUUUUUAGUGGUACCAAAAAGUACCACUUGGAUAAAUUGUGUUUGCGAGUACCUGGUGUGCUGUUUUAAUAGUAAUUUAUUGUGCUAUUAUUUUUUAUGUAAAUUGAUGGAAAAUAUUGUAAGUAUUGUGUUUUAAUAACGUUUGUAAUUAAAAUGUAAUACUUUUAGUAUUUAAAUGAUAACGAAGGCGACCUAACGGUGAGGCUUGUAAAAAAUAAAUCAAAAAUAAUUUGACAGGUACAAACUAGAAAUCACAACACCAAUAUUGUAAAAUAAUAUAAAUUAAGCAUUAUUAUUUUCAAAAAGGAGUAGCUUUGUCUACUAAAAUGUCUCCUAAAACGACUUCAAUUUGUGCCUGAAUAAGACUUUCAAUUUAUUGCAUUAUGUGAGAAUCGAACUUGUCAUAAACCGCAUUGAUAGAAAAAAACGAGCUUGAAUCGAGAGAAAAAUAAGAAAAGUAUUAUCUUAUGAUGUUAACUCAACCGUCGCCUUCAAUCCUUAUGAAAUUAUCGAUGUUUUUGUAAACGAAUUUUAAAAUCGCAUAGUCUUAAUUAUUUAUCAUGUCGUAGUUAAAACAAAUUGGCGUUACUGUUGCUUUUAACCGACUGCGAAAUGCAAAGAAGUGUAAUGCUGCAGAAAGAAUCAAAAAAUAUAUUCGUGAAUGUGGCAUUCUAAAAACGAAGGACAUCUUUCAAAUAUUACUUUUAUGUUAUUUUUCAUACAAAUGAAAUGUGUCGUAGCAAACAGUGGCGCCAUCUACAAUAUAAAUCCGUCUAUAUUUGCGUUCAAUUAUACUCAAAGAUCGUGUUAGCUCGGAAUAGAUAUCUACCUCAUGCAUAGUAUUCCAAUCUAUGUGAUAUAGACUGCUAUAGUGUUGGAAAACUCUCUUAAAACCAAUUCAAUCAACUAAAAUAUAAAAUAUUUCAGGUCUUUUUGAAACCAGAAUCAGCCAAAAACUUUAUAAUAUAAAAAGCGACAAAUGAGUCUUCGCUAACUACAUGUAUAUCAAAACAUACAUAAACAAACAGCCGGUCUUCUACUAGUAAUUUAUCUUUCUCCCAACACUAUAGUAGUCUAUAAUUUAUUUUGAAGUAUCUAGUAUUAAACGCUUUUAGGCUUUCAUAGUGUAAAGAGUGGGGACGUACAGAAAAUUAAAGAAAAAACCUAUUUCACAGAUCACAGCAAUAAAACUCACUAAAUUGAAACCUUGACUCUCAGACAAUAUUUUACAAUUGUAAAAAUUAUCACAUAUUUCAGAAAUUACCUCAUCAGAAAAUUCAUACGAUUUUUCGAUUGCGCAAAGUGUCUCCACUCUAGAUAGGCCUAGUCUUCCGUUAAAUACUAUAAUGUAACUAAUACCCUGUUUCUGAAAGUCUGUUAAAAUAUCAAAUUGGUGUUUAACUAAGGUAGAUAAACGAGUACUUGAUAUAUUUUGAUAAACUUUCGGAAACCGGUACUCUAUUGUGUAUAUUUCAUCCUCAUCAUUAUAAUUGGAUAGUCUUCUGGGCUUGUAAGCCCGCUGUCCGAUUGCUAUUUAAGAGUUUUUAGCAAGUAGAUAUACGAAUUUUACAUAGCUUGCAAGUGGACUAAAGAUAAAAGUGACAUUAUCUAAAUGUAUGCAAAUUAAUGAGGGUAUUAGCUUAAUUAAUUUCUUUCUUCAUUAUUUUAAGGAAACCUCUAUUAAAAAACGAGAUCUUGUCACUUUUAUCUUAAAAGAUAUAAUCGUCCUUAUUUGCCAAAACCACACAUAUCAUAAAAAUCAAAAUACAAGUAUUUUGUCUCAAAACUUCCAUACACAAAUAAUUAAUUAUUAUUAUUAACAAAAAAAACAAUAUUAUUUACGAAAUCGUUAAUAGUAUUUUUUGGAGAAUAAAAAAUAGUUAUUAUGUUCAAUAUAAGUAAUCGAAUUUUUGAACUUUGCGCUUUUAACGAAAAAUUGCGCAAAGUUUGCGCAACAUUUUUCUCUGCGCUAAAUAGUUUUAAGGCGAAGUAAUGUAAUUAAGAUAUAAGCGUUGAUAACCAGCUAGAUAGCUUAGUACUGCAGCAUAAUAACAUACAUAAUAAUGAACAGUCUUAUAUCAAACAUUAAUAUUGACACUGAUACCCAAAAUAUAUCUGAAAAAACUAUAUCUAUAAUCUACAAUAACUGCUACAUAAAACUGAGAGAGAUACUAUCAUUUCGAGACAUUUGAAAUAACUCAUAGUAUGAAAUAAAAAGAAAUUCAUACCGUAAAUAUACAAUGAUUUCCAUAUUUACACUCACAGUACCCAUUUAUGUAAAAUAUAUAAAACUUAACUAUCACAAACACCGCUACAACUGCCUUUACUGCUGUGCUAGGUAUUAAUUACUAUGUAUUUUAUAAUAUGACACCAACUAAUAAACUAUAAAACUAUAAGUACAGAAAGUUCAACUCUAAAAGAUUGCAAAACAAGAAUUUUGGCUACAGCUAGAUUUUUGUGAAACAAGCAAUUUUCAACUACUUUAUAAAGUGUGAAUUAUUUUUCCCCCCAAAAACCAAUUAUUAAUGGCAGUAUGCUACUGAGAAAAGGUAUUUGGACGUGGGAUUUUGUAAUGAACUUUCUGUACAUAAUAAACACAUGAAAUAAUCAACAAAUUAAUAGAAAUUAAGAAAACGAUAGUUGUGGUGUGAUCGAAUAGAUUUAGCAAUUUAGUUUGUUAUUUAUAUUGAAUACUCAAGAAAUUAGCUACCAAAGUGAAAAUGGAACUUCAGUAUUUAUGUUAGAGCAUAAUUUACAAUAUCAGUCUCCAGUCUAAAAGCCCGUUUCACAGAAAUCUCAUUUAGUUCUGUCACCAAACUUAAUGGCGGCUCGCAAUCAACUUCAAAGCACUACCAUUCCGAGCCGCUAGAAAGCUUGGUGAGAAAUAUACCAGAGAAGAAGAAAAGUAAAUAUUUUUCGCCAAUCUUGAAUUUCCAAAAUAAUAAAAGCUUAAGAUUUGAUAAGACACGCACACAUUCUGUGUCGAUAUCUGAAAAAUACUUUACACAAACACAUAUAUUUUACACACCCACAAAUACAGUAUUAAUAUACAGUACAAUAUUCGUAUGAUAAGUAGCAAUUUUAUUUUCUAGUAUUUGGAACACUAACUUAUGUGAGUGCCUUUGCAAAGUAUAGUUUUUCUGCAAUUCAUUAGAUUAGUCGAAAAGUACCAUUUUGGUACUUUUUAGUGACAGCACGAUAAAACACAGAGUGACAUUUAGUGGCACUGUUGGCACUUUUGAUGUCCAUGAAAAUGUGAAAAAAAUAAUAAUUUUGUGAUUUUAAAAAGCAUAGUUUUGUUAAUAUUUUUAAAACAGUUUAUUUUUUAGGAUUUUUGUGUUUACUAAUUAUGUUUUUUGUAUAUUCGCAUGUUUUUUUUAUUUAAUUAUUAAUAUAGGUUGAAUUAAAAAAUUAAUUAAUUUUAAAAAUAUUGUUACAAAAAGACAUGCUUAGUGAUCUGAUUAUAGAUAAAUAACAUGCCUUAUUUAUUGAGCAAUAAGAUUGCUUUUGACGCUUGAUCAAAAAUAAUGUUCAUAUUACAUAAUUUAUUAUAAUUGUUGCGUAUUGUAAUUCUGAUUUUUUCAAAGCCACACAUGUACAGUUGCGUGCAAUAAUACGUAUUCGCUUAGUAAUUUUAAAACAGAUGUCUUCGAAUAAGCUGGUUUAUACUUAGUACUUGAAACGAAACCUCUUUUGUAAAAUUAUGGCUUUGAGAAUAUUAUGCUAGAGAAAACGUUGAACUUUAAUCAAUACAUAGGGGAAAUCGCUGUUGAAUCUUGCUAAGAUUAUGCAUAAUGCAUAGCAUAUUAUUGCACGUGAUUGUACCUACUUUUAUAUUAUUUUUCAUAUCGUUGUGAUUUUAUGGGUGCAACCAUUUAAUUUUAAUUCUAACUACCAUUAUCAUAAUUUAAGUUAAUUUUGACAUAUUUAAACUAUAGUUAAUUUUAACACAAAAAGCUGAUAUUAUUUUUAUGAAUCGUAAGAAAUGGAUAUAUUUUAAAAUUGUAUCGUCUAGGAAGUAACAUAUGAAUAAUUAUUAAAUAAUAAGUGUUGUGAUCAAUAUAAACUAGAAUAUUAGCUAUAAAGACACGCACUCCAUUUUAUUAGUGCUAGAGCACUAUUAGUUUCGAAUGUUUUGGCGGGAAUCAUAGUUGAUUAUUAAAUCACAUACAAAAUGAUAGUUGAGUUCAAAUACACACGAAAAAAAACUUUUGCAAAGUAUAGUUUUUCUGCAACUCUUUAGAUUAGUCGAAAGUACCAUUUUGGUACUUUUUAGUGACAGCACGAUAAAACACUGAGUGACAUUUAGUGGCACUGUUGGCACUUGAUGUCCCUAUCUACAAUUGUGGAUUUUAAAAAGAAAACCAUUUGUAUGAAUAUGAAACAUAUUAAGAAAUAUACUUCCUUACCGCGACAUGUUCAAGGACCCAUUUUCAACAUGGAUACCUAAAUAUUGUCGCAAGAAUUAUGCAAAACAUGCCAUUAUUUUACUCUUUAAAUAAAAUUACAAGAGUAUUGAAAAGUUGACGCUUCAAAUGCGGUAAACUGAAUCUAUUGAUAUCCUAUACUAUCAUUUCAAAUUUAUGUAAAAUAUGAUAUCCGCCAAAAGUUUCGUAUUUAAGGCAUAAUUAGCACGCCAUUGCCAGUGAUUUCAGUGAAUCUUCGCUAGCGUACGAAUAUUGUGAUAUAUUUAUGAAUUAAGUUGCUAUUGUUAUUGUUUUUUGAUUUGUCUAUUAUUAUUAAAGUUAGUGUGAAUAUU